GAAAAUCAAGGUCCUAUCCUGUCUAGAUCGCCGGCGCGCAGGACAGCCAGGAGGACUCCCCUCCUUCGACCCCGGCGCCGUCGUCACUCCGUCCUGCCCCGAACAAGGAAAAAUCACAGGCGGGUCUCGAUCGCCCUGCCAGACAGCACUCUUCGCUCGCGGGCAGUUACUAUGUCUUUCGCAAUCAUCUGAGUAGUAGAAUGGCCUCGAAAGCUAUAAGGAGGAGGCCUACCGAUAAGGAAAGAGAGAAACAUAUGGAAACAUCAAUGCCGGAAUCUGUCACAGAACCUCUUCUAGGAAGUAGUGCCCAUGGGAAUAAAUCGGAGGGAUAUGAGCCUAUACAAGAUUUCUGGGAUGGAAAAUCACGCGAGUGCCUUCAUUGGGUGCAUAUUGUGUCUACUUUUAUUACUCAGUCUGCAAGAAAGAUAGUAAAUGCUAUUUCAGAGUUUGGGUCAUUUCUAGCAAGGUACUUUGGUUGCUCCUGUGCUCCCCAAAGUUCACAAAAUGCACAGACGAUGCUAAUUAACCUCAGUCCAUUGCAGGAAGAGAGAUUAAAAUUCUUGAGACAAAGAUUAAAUCUACCAUUUGACUGUUCCGCUGUCAAGCACCAGGAUGCACUAAAAGAACUUUGGGGACUAGCUUAUCCUAACCGAGAACUCCCUCCUCUGAAAUCAGAUCUAUGGAAGGAAAUGGGCUGGCAGAACUCUGACCCAGCAACAGAUUUUAGGGCUGGGGGGUUCAUGUCCUUGGAAAAUCUAAUAUAUUUUGCCAGAAAUUACCCAGAUUCCUUUCAUCGGCUAUUACAUAAGGCAGAUGGUGAGAGAGCUGAAUGGGAAUAUCCUUUUGCAGUAGCUGGCGUAAAUAUAUCUUAUAUGUUAGUUCAAAUGCUGGAUUUGCAAUCAGAAAAUAAGAGUUCAAAAGCAAGUGUUUGCUUUGUUCAACUACUUGAAGAUGACGAGAUGGCGUUUGAUAACCUUUUCUGCCUAGCUUUUCAGAUGCUUGAUGUUCAGUGGCUUGCAAGGAGAGCUAGUUAUAUGGAAUUCAACGAAGUUCUGAAGUCCACACUAGGCCAGUUAGAGCUAGAGCUUACAGUUGGAGGCGUUUCAAGCGUUCAGAAUCUGCCAUCGUUCAGAAUGUUGAAGAGAUAGCAUUAUUUGCUCUUUUACAGAAAAAGGAGAAGGUUGUCAAAUAUGCUGCUCAUUCUUUUAUUGUUCAAGAGUAGAUGUGCCGCCGUGUAAAGAUUGCUGGCCAUUAGAUAUCCGGUUCAUAUGUGAUACCUUCAAAAGAUACUUGGUCCCAUUGGUUUUGACAUCAAGAUCUUUGUAAGUGUUUGGCGUUUUGUGUAACAAAAGCUAGCCAUGUAACUGUUUCUGUUACAAAAGCUAUCCACAGGAGUGUUUUGUUUGUAUGAAAUCGAAGUUACAAGUUUUCUAUAAAGGUUACUUUAUUUUGGAA